AUGACGCGCCGCAACCAAAGUACGAGAGGAGGUCGCGGUGGCAAUCGAUUCGGUGGAAAUUGCCAGACGAGUGGCAAUUCACAGAACACAAGAAAGAAAGAAAAACGAUCGCCCAAGUAUCAUCCGAGCGACCCAGAUUUUCCUUAUGCCGAUGUAACACGGAGCCUCAUCGAACGAAUUGGAAUGGAGGGAUUGGAAUAUCCCCAGAUUAUGAUAUCUUCCAUCAAAGAAUUGAAUGAGCCAGACUGGGAUGUUUUGAAACCCAAAUUGGAUUUAACUGGACAAGAAGACGAAAUUGAGAGAGAGAGGCAAAGAAGGAAGAAUUGA